CUGGAAAACGACCGUCGAUCUAACAUUCCUUCGUUUAAUCUCCCUUCCAUCUCCUUCUCCAACUUCCAGAGCAGAGAAAUCUCGAAUUCGUCUCUUCAGAUCCAGUGCCGCAUUUUCUGAGUUUCGGAGGACGAUUGAGUAUGGCUGCUACUAAUCGGAGCGUUGCGGCAUUCUUGCUGCUGCUGAUGCUCGGCGUGGUGAGUUUGGCGGCGGUGGUUCGCGGCGACGAUUCGGAGCCGGCGGUGGUGGUGAAGAAGGUGAAGGGGAAGAAGUACUGUACGAAAGGCUGGGAAUGUAAGGUUCCUUCCGUUUACUGCUGCAACGAGACGAUCUCCGAUUUCUUCCAGACUUACCAGUUCGAGAACCUCUUCUCCAAGAGGAACAGCCCCGUCGCUCACGCCGUCGGAUUCUGGGAGUACCGGAACUUCAUCCUGGCUUCCUCGCUCUUCCAGCCGCUCGGGUUCUGCACCACCGGCGGGAAGCUCAUGCAGAUGAAGGAGCUCGCCGCUUUUCUUGCCCAUGUCGGCAGCAAAACCACCUGUGGUUAUGGAGUGGCGACAGGAGGGCCUUUAGCUUGGGGUCUAUGCUACAAUAAGGAAAUGAGUCCUCAGCAGUCGUACUGUGACGAUUACUUCAAGUACACCUACCCUUGUACACCUGGAGCUGAUUACUAUGGCCGUGGCGCCAUUCCUAUCUACUGGAACUAUAACUAUGGUAAGGUCGGAAAAGGCAUCAAGGCUGAUUUGUUGAACCACCCUGAGUACAUAGAGCAAAAUGCUACCUUGGCUUUCCAAGCUGCCAUUUGGAUGUGGAUGACACCAGCGAAGAAGUCACAGCCUUCGGCCCAUGAAGUCUUUGUUGGCGAUUGGAAGCCCACAAAGAACGAUACCCUGUCCAAGCGCAUUCCUGGGUUCGGUACAACAAUGAACAUUCUCUAUGGCGACAAUGUCUGUGGCCAAGGCGAUAUUGAUCCCAUGAACAACGUCAUCUCCCAUUACCUGUACUACCUCGACUUGAUGGGUGUAGGCAGGGAGGAAGCAGGGCCUCAUGAGUUCCUCUCUUGCGGUGAGCAGGGUGUAUUCAACCCAUCAGCAGCCAAUCCCAGCCAAUCCUCUUGAAGCUUUCUGUAAUGGUUGUUCUAUGGAAGCCACCUACUUUCUUGCACUGAUCACUUCUCAUAAAAUAAUAGACAGGCGUGGCUAUGAUUCUCAACCACCUUAGCUUCCAGAGGUGUGGAAUGUUCAUUAUUAUCACUACCGUGUGUCUAGAGCCUCCUUGAUUCAUUUGUGUCUAUAAUAUGUGUUUGGAUGAGGUUUGAAGAUUAUGAAUUUGUAUGUACUAUUUUGUUAUAUGUAGUUUCGAAUGUUGUAAUACCUUAAAUUUGAAUUUUUCAAGUUGUCUUGUUUCUUGUUCUAUUGGGUUUUCCUAGUUUCAACCAUUCUGUGAUGCGGCGGACAGUGUGUUGGCUUUGGAAGUAUAUUGUCAUUGGGAUGAACUUAUCUCUGCUGCUCCAAUGACUCACUAAACCUUGUAAUUUUGUGAUUGCCAGCUAAGCUUGUCUUUCCUUGGCGGUUAUCUGGUAUAUAAUACAUAAAUAUGCUAUUCACAACAUUGUACUUGUCGCUGGCAUUUUUUGUUUGCUCUUGACACUUCCUAUAACAGCUAGGAAUUGCCUUUCCAUUGCAGCCUCCACUGUCCAGCUGAAGAAUCAUCUUGAACAUAGUUGUUAUUGGCUAUGGAAGUGGGGUAGCACUGUAGCAAUAUCAAGUUUCCAUUAUUGUUUGGGAAUGAAUGUUACUGCUUACAGGACAAAGAUGAGAGAAGGAAGAUCACUCCGUUCCAGAUCUCAUCCUUUGGCAGAGGUCUUAAUACCAACGGAAUCACCUGGCUCCAGGGGCAGUAGCAAACAUGUGGUCAUUGUUAUGGAUGCAUUGAAGGAGUUCUCCAUGGAGCCUCUUCAAUGGGCACUUGACUGGGUGAUCGAGGCAGGAUGUUCGGUUACCCUCCUUGGAGUCUUGCCUUGGAUUCCCUUCCCCUUUUCAUGCAAGAUAGGGUUAGAUGUAUGGAGGCAUGUUCUUGAAGAUAUGCGAGGUCCUAUGGGAGGGAAGAGUAGGGCGAGAAAUGACCCGAAGAAGCAUCAGAAGAUACGGAGGAUAAUGGAGCUUUGCAAACAGAAGCAGGUUCUGAAGUCUUAAAAACUUUUCACAGAUCAAAUUCUUCUCAACUAUCAUUAUUUGGCACUGGUCUUUUGUUUGAUUUGUUGUUACUCUUGUGGUCAUUACUUAGGUGGUCCCUUUGAUGAAAGUGGCAAUGGGUCAUCCGUUCAAGCUUGUGGUUCUUGAGCAAACUACAAGCCUUCAUGCUACAUUUGUGGUUCUUGACAGGUAUUCUCGUUCCCGUCGGGCUGUCAAUGAUUGAUUGAUUUCACACUUCUACUUGCUUACAAGUGGCUGUCCGAUUGCGAUUUUCGGAUUAACAACCUGUUGAUAUGGGGUAAGCGGUUAAACAGUUGCUCAGUAACCAUUCAAAUACAACAACAGGUUCUGGUUUGUGUUACAUGUUGAAUGGUUUACCGUUGCAAGCAUACAACCGAAAAUGGUAACAUCAACCUUUUUUCAAACAUAAAAAUUGGAAACGAGGAAUUAAACCUGUUUUUAACCAUGUCCAAUUGUCCAUGCCUGUCAUUGAGCUCGGUUUGGUUUCGUUGAUUCCGGUUAAUCAUUAGGGUUAACGGUUUUGUUUAUUGCCUUGAUUUUUGGUAACUGUAAGUUUGAUCGGUUGAUUCAGAUAUGGUUUUCCGGUUUGGUUAACCAUAGCGAAUCAUUCAGCCUCAUCUAACUUGUAAGUUAACAGAAUUUGAAAAAAGCCGAAAACUGAUGCAAUUUGGAUUGUAAUGUGAUGGCAGACAUCUAAGGCGGUACAAAACGUUCUUUGAGGAGAGGCUGCCGAGCAGUGCGGUGAUGAUGAAUAGACAUGGAGGGGUAGAUGUGAUCAAAAUGAAAGCAAGAACGGAUGGGUUUGAUUCGGCGGCUACCGGAGAAUCUCCGGCCACCGUUCCCCCGACCCCUGAAGUUAUUCUAUCUGAGGAGCUGCUGGAACGGCUGAGGCGGCAGACGAGCAUUUGACAAUGACAGUGAAAUUCAAGUGUGUUUUUAUAUAUUGGAAGUACAUCAGUUUGGAUUUAACCCUAGUGAGACUCUCUAUGUUUUGCAAGACUUAGUCCUUCAUUUUUCCUCUCCUAUCU